ACAUACUGUCCCUCGAGUUCUACGUUCGUUUACUUCUGAUUAGCCGAGUGGAAGAGAGUUGAAGCAAGAUGCUGAAAGUCGGCUUAGUUCUAUGUUUUCUGGCUGCCCUCGGUGGAGCUCAGGGCUCGAACAUCUCGUGCAGCCAGCCCGCGGACAUAGCGUUUUUGUUGCACGACUCUCGAAAUAUCUCGGCCGAAGACUUCAAGGAAAUGAUCACCUUUGUGAAGGAGCUGGUGGCCCAGUUUGACAUCAGCCUCACGAGUACCAGAAUCGCAGUCAUCAAAUUCAGCCAUGGGACAGACGUUGAGUUUACUUUUGGAGUUUACAACACACUGUCAGAGGUGGAGCGUGGUUUGGACGCUAUUCAACAGAGGAAGUGGGAUGAGACAAAGCUAAACUCCGGUAUUCAUACUUCCCGAUUUAUUCUGAGAGCAAAUGGUAGAAGAGACGUCCCGCAUAUUUUGAUCGCCAUCACAAGUGGGUUGUCCGACAACCGGGCUGAGACAGUCAGACAAGCGAAUCUCACCCGAGGAGAUGGGGUUGAAAUCUUUAUUAUUGGAGUCGGCAGCCUAGACCAAGUCCAACUAGAAGAAAUCGCCAGUGAGCCGUUCAGCGACCACCUGUUUAAUGUCACAGAGUACUCGGAACUUUCCUCUCUUGGCGGUAUAUUGAGCGAAAAGACUUGUCCUGAUACCGGCCUUACAGAUAUACCCAGUGACCAGGUAGCCGCACAGGAAGCUUGCUAUCAGAUGCCUGCGGAAGUGGUGUUUGUGUUGGACAUAUCUAGCAGUAUCUUUAUGCAUGACUUCCAGAAACAACUGGCCUUUGUGUCAAGCCUCAUUAGGAUAUUUGACAUUGGUGAAAACGAGACCAGAGUUGCCGCCAUCUCCUUCAGCACCAACGCUACUGUGGAGUUCCAUCUUGACGAGUUUUAUGAUCAGAAAGACGUGAGAGAUCACGUGGAGAUGAUUCGCUACACCGGAGGUGGCACCAACACAGGCGAUGCCCUCAAACUGGUCAACGAUUCGGUGCUCAUCUCAGAACGUGGAGUCAGGUCUAACGUGUCCCAUGUUGUCAUCGUCGUCACCGACGGCCGUUCUGAGAACUCGACGGAAACUAAGGCUCAGGCCAACGUUCUCAAAGACUCAGGGGUCUUAAUGUUUGCUAUAGGAGUGGGCCCUUAUGUAGACGAUCAGGAGUUGGAGGCCAUCGCCUCUGAACCAUCCGAAAAUUUCAUAUUCACGAUAGCCGAUUAUGACACACUCACGUCCAUCAAAAACACCCUCGCUCUCCGCGUUUGUGACGUAGGCAUCCCAGGUAACCAGACGGAGAUAGACGCUGAGUAGAGGGAACAGAUUGGUGUGAAGCUGAUUACCACGACAAGUUAAAGAGGUUUAUUUCCCCGAGACACGGACAGCACUAAUGGUUAAUAUGAUAAUAUCAGCCAGAAAGAAUCGACCUGUCUAUAAAUAAUACGAAAAACUUCACUCGGC